AUGUUGAUUUACCAUCAUCCAUCAUACCAUCGAAAUCACCGUUCUUCAGGCACAGUGGAAGCAGUCCGCGUUAAGUUCCAACCCGCCAACUUGAGCUACAAAAUCAAUUACAGCCCCUAUGACUUCAUAUCCAAACUGCCUACGCGGCACCUGCACUUCUUCUGCGCACUCGACCACCUCAACCAGGAGGUGGAGAUCAAUUUCAGCCGCUUGAUGCAUAAAGAUGACGAACACGAUACACUGCGCAUCGAAUGCCCUUUCAACUGUGUGCUCAAACAUGCCAACUACAUUAACGCCAUCGAGCUGAUAGUGCAGGAGAAGCGCAACAUUUUGCGCGAGUUGACUGAGAUGCCACCACAAAAGUUGCUGAAUCUCGCAUUGAGUGGCUGUUCCGUGACGGUGGAAUCGUCGAAUUUGCUGACGCUCGUACGCAUGCUGGAGUCAUUUUGGCGCGAGAAAGAGACCGCCUAUGACCGCAAGGAUCUGGGACGUGUGUCGGCGAAUGUAAAGAUCAACAAAACCGUUGAUUGGCAUCAGUUGUGUUGUGAAAUACUGCAGUUCAAUAUGGCCGAGGAGGACAAUGACAAAAACGAUGAGUAUGAGCCGACGCUAAACAAGGAGGAACGUCUUGCGCGUGCACAGGAUGUGUUUGUAGUGAACCUGCCCACUUUGCAGUUGGAAGCCAAGCCAUGUGUGCCCAACACAUUUAAAGAUAUGACAAUGGCACACAAUGACGUGUUCGUAUCCCAACUUUUGGCGGAGACUGAACUGGAUCGUGAAAAUAUACUGAGGAAAAUCGUAGAUGAAUCGCAUUGGAAGUAUACAGAGAACACCUUCGAAGCAAUUAAGCCAAAAUUGAGCAAAUUGGGCUUUAAUGCUAUGGAACAGCAGCACGUUGAAGACCUGCUGCGAUUUAUUGAAGCGCGUAAGCUCGGCGUGCCCGUCGCGGAUUUGCUGCGUGAAUUCCCCUACGCCCAGUUUCUAUCGCGCGCUUUGCGUCUACUCUCCGAGCAUUAUCUCGUGAAACGUGUUGGUGUUGCCACCAUGAUGUAUGUACAUAAAACCCACAUACGCCCGUGGGUCGUGCACACCUUCCAUCUGAAAAGGCUGGAGCGCGAAAAAUUGGGACCUGAUGGUACAGUGAGUCUCAAACGCGGCGCAAGCGAUGCCGAGCAAAGCCCAAGUGGUAAUGCGGAAGUAGCGGAUAGCGAUGAUGCAGAUGGACCUAGCACCAGUAAAAGAGCUAAAUUAGCUGACGAUACUCGAGUCAAUGCAGACGACCAACGGUUAAGUAAGCGUGUACCGAAGCCAGUAAAACGCUUUGAAAGCGCAAGUAAAGAAAGCAAGAACAAGGAAAAGGACAGCAAGAGUGAUGUUAUUGUAAUGAAGCCCCAUGCCUGGAUCCGUCUGAAUGGCACCAUUAAUCGACGUGUAUUGGAUCGUUGGUUGGGCUCAAUACUAACCGAGUGUAUUAGCCGUUCGGGUUGCAUGGUUUCGGAUAUUUGCACGAACUUUCCACAUUUGCCACCAGUGGAAAUAAUGUUUCUACUCGAAAUACUGGGUGAAUUGAAGUGCCUUCAUUUAAGCGAGAUGAAACCGGCACCUGUAAACCUUUUCUCAGCUUAUGAGGACGUACAAGAGAGUAUUGUAACGGAGUUUUAUGAUCCAGAACACACUUACGUGACUGCGCAUGCGGACGCCAUGACACGUAUGGCCAUUUUCAUUGGCAAGAAAAAAUACAGCACGCAAUUUUUUUAAACGUUUUAUCUAGUUAGCUGAUAAUACCCUUUUAUUUUAAGAUUGUUAACACUAGAACAGAAUAAAUUAAGCUGGCUUUGUCGCAAAGUCUUUACAUUACAACCACAA